AUGACUAUGACUCUUGACCAUCAACAACGACUCGGGGCUCUCAACUUCGAUCACAUGUCUUCCUACUCCAACCCUCCGCAUUUCACCAACCCAUGGACAUCGGGCUCAUCCGGUCAACCCAGCUCGCAGGGCUUGUACUCGCAGGGGCUCACCGACGGUGGCCUCGAGUCCCUGGCCAAGCAUCACGCCGGCAGGACAAGCACCAACGCGGGUGGCUCAAUGGCACCGUACGGGAGCAUCCCGGUGACGGCUUCUUCAGCAGGUAGCACUCUCAUGGCGGACGCAUAUGGACAACAAGACUUACUCAAUAUGCCCCAAGAUCUUCUGAGUCUCAACCGAAUGCAGACAUCAUCCGCCGCCUACGGAGAGCCGUCGUACGCAACAGCCUCGUCCGCCUCCCCAGUCAAUGCGCCUUACGCGGCGUCGCCGAGUUCCUACGACGGCAAUGUAGCUGGUUACGCACCAGCACCCAUGCGAUCGACCUUUGCGCUAGCACCAGAAGCCGACACUCGAAGAUACUCCCAGUCGUCAGUCUCCUCAGUUUCCUCAAUUCCCAUGAUCGAUCAUGGCUCGGGCGAUUCUUUGCGUUCACACCGGAGCUCGAUGGUUGACAUAGGCCACAGAAGUCUGCACCACGGUGAUGACCGAAGGAGUUUUGCAGAUGCGCUCGAUGCUGGUCAAGGUAUGCUGGCCAUGAGCCAGGAGACCCCUCGCGCAAUAUACCCUCCUGCCAACCGGGGAAGAGGGGCGUCCGAGUCGUACGGUUUCCCAACAGCACACUCGAACAACUCCUCCAUAUCGUCAGCAAGCAAUUAUGGCGGUGGCUACUAUGCGGCUUCUGUCGACUCGUCAGUAAGCGACUAUUCGACAGCGGGCUCUGACAUCGAAUCUGUCUCAUCGCGAACAUUACCACGGCCGGCAAACCUAAUGACCCAACCGCCGCCUGCGCCUCAAUCCAUGAUGGGUCAAUUCAGUUCCAAGAUCUCGUCGAGCACGCAAAAGAAGCACAAGUGCAAGAUAUGCGACAAGCGCUUCACAAGACCAAGUUCUUUACAGACGCAUAUGUACAGCCACACAGGUGAAAAACCUUUCUGCUGCGAGGUCGAAGGGUGUGGACGUCACUUUUCUGUUGUUUCAAAUCUCCGACGGCAUCGUAAAGUACACAAGAACGAUGCCAAGUCAGAGGCCGGGUCAGAAGACCACCAGGACGACCAAUCGGAUUAG